CGAAAUGCUCGUAUUGAUCGAUGAUGAACUGUCAAACGCAUGUGUUCGCGAUUAAAUAACAUGUAAACAAAUAGAAAAAUUGUAAAUAGCACAGGCAACAGGAUGGAUUACGAACUGCGAAAUAUCAAAGAUUUUCUGCAGCUUUACAACAAAAUCACCGACAUGUGUUUCAAUGCAUGCGUGGACAACUUGUACGGCCGUGAUCUGACGCGCGAGGAAGUAUCCUGUGCCGACAAUUGUGUUCUUAAGUUUACCAACGUAAACCAGCGAUUGCUGAAGGUUUAUGUUGGUGUGCAGUCAGAUAUAAAUCAGCGAAGGAUGGCGGAGGUGGAGGCACAGCAGGCGAAAAUGAUGGCCGAAGCACAGCAGCAGCAACAACAGCAGGAACAGCAACAAGCAGCACUUCAAAGUACACCUGAAAUGACUGGUGUUUCUAAUUCUGCGGAACCAACCGUGGCAUGA